UGCGCGCAGCUCGAUCCUCGCCAGUCUGCCACGGGCCAGCAUGGAGAACGCGGACUCGGCGACAUGAUGGAGGAAAAGUGCUCGCUGGUGGCCUCUGGAGGCCGCUGCGUGUUGCGGACGGCCCUCGUCUUCGCCGUCGCGGCCGCGGCCACCGCCGUCAUCUACUUCUCGCCGGUGCCUGACCCUUUUUUUAUGUCCUGCGAUCGACCAUGCCACGAGCUUGAUUGGCCCAUGAUUUGCAGAAUCAAGCUGACAUUCGAAGUUUACCAAACACUCAGCAGUUCUUGCGGUGCUUGUCCCCGAAACCAGACUGAUUGCUGGAGCCCGAAUUGCGUGACGGCCGACGGAUUCAAAAGAGGAAUCCUCACCGCCAACAGACAAUUGCCGGGGCCGAGCAUUCACGUCUGCGAAAACGAUAUUUUGGUGGUGGACGUUGUGAACAGAGUCCCUGGCCACGGGUUGGCGGUGCAUUGGCGAGGAGUGCCGCAGAAGGACACGCCGUUUAUGGACGGCGUCCCUAUGGUGACGCAGUGUCCCAUCCCGAGCUACACCACUUUCCAAUACAAAUUCAGAGCGACCAGACCUGGCACACAUUUGUGGCACGCACACAAUGGUGCCGAAAUGGCCGACGGUCUUGCCGGUGCCCUUGUGGUGCGCAGGGCCCCCGCGCGAGAGCCCCACAGGGCCCUUUUCGACGAAGACCGCAAGGAGCACGUGAUUGUUGUGUCCGAGUGGACUCAUUCAUUUGCUCUGCAGCGUCUUCUCCAGGCCGACCAAGGCUCCGUGGCCGCCGACGCCUUGCUCAUCAACGGAAGAGGCGCUUCGAAGGACGGAUUUCCUCCUGCUUCGUUUCAAGUGCAGCCUGGCGUCAGGUACAGAUUCAGGCUGGUGCACGCUGGAGUGAUUUCGGCGUGUCCUCUCAAGGUCAGCGUAGAGGGUCACUCGAUGAAGGUCAUCGAAAUCGACGGUAGCCCCGUCAGGCCCAAAGAUGUUGCCAGCAUCACUCUUGCAUCAGGAGAGAGAAUUGACUUUGUCCUCGACGCGUCUGCCUCUCCGAAGUCCUACCCUCUCAGAGUGCAUUCCACCUGCACCGCUCUGGAACAAACCGCCCUUCUGCAGUACUUUGAGUCCCCCGAAAAGACCAAAAUGAAACGGGAACUGCUGCCGUUGGAGCUGAAAAUUGCGUCCAACGUGCAGUUUCUGGACAGCGCCAGCCACAACUGCGGCACCGCUGAAGACGAAAUUGUCUGUCUCGGGGAACUUGAAGCCCUCGACCCUGUGCACUCCAGCCUUAGCAAAGUCAAGGUAGAUUUAGAAUUGGAGCUGCCGUUUGAGUUUUCCGCCGUCAACAACCACAGCCUUGGCUCAUACAUAGUGAGUCAAGAUCCUGAAGUGAAAAUUCCUCACGUGUCCAACCUGACCUUCAUGUACCCGCCGUCCCCUUUGGUGACCCAGGCCGCAGAUGUGCCGCGCGAGUUGCUUUGUCACGCUGAAUCGAAGCCGCAAGGAUGCGAAAAGCCGCCUUGCGAGUGCGUGCACCAAGUGGACGUCCCGCUCGGAGCUUCGGUGCAACUUAAUUUGCAUGACAAAGGCGACGCGGUAGGUGAAGGUCACGUGUUCCAUUUGCACGGCCACUCGUUUCAUGUUGUGAAAAGACUUGCGAAAAGCGUGUCUCUCUCGCCUGCAAAGGAUUCCAUCUCCGUCCCAGCCGGUGGCAGGAUUGAAAUCAGAUUUCUUGCAGACAAUCCAGGUUACUGGAUGUUGCAUGACCAGCACAUUGGGCACUCGGCUCGGGGGCUGGGCUUGUUGAUCCACGUGGGUGAAGCGUGGAAUCUGCCCGCAGCACCCCCAGAUUUCCCAAAAUGCGGCAGUUGGAGAGGUCCAGACUUUUUCCUAACCUAAUUUUUCCGUUUUUCUUUGGUACAAAAAGUCUUCCAGUCAAGACGCUCAACAGACUGCUAAUUUUUUAAUGAAAGAGGCAGAUUUUGUGAUAUUAAAUAGUUUAAAUUAAUUUGCUGCCUAAUGUGGUUAAAAUUUAAUCCCAAUUGAACUCGUUCUGGAAUUAAAAUUAUAGCCACGUUUUGACACUGUUAAAGAUUUCAUAAUAAAGGAGUGAUAUAUUGUGUCAUUGUAUGUUGUAUGAAUAGUGACAUUCCAUUUUUGUUUUUCAAAUAAACGGGCCGACAAUUCGUUUUGUUGCCGCUUGACAAAAGUUAAUUUUUUUUUUUAUUAUUUGAUAACUUGUCUCCCUAGAGCCGUCAAUGAAAAAUUGCAUUAUUUGAGUGUCCCGGUGGCCUACUUGGAGGAGCCUGUGCUAGAGCAAGUCAUGACUUGCACUUGCAUUCAUCCAACGGCGCAAGGGCUUCUGGAUGGAUGCAUUUGACUCACUUUCUCUUUCAUGCAGCAAAUUAUCCAUGACACUUGCAACUGCAUCUACGUCUGUUUCAUUGCAAAAUCAAGAUGCACAAUCAAAUGCACGCACUGUAAUUUUCAAUUGAUUGG